ACACACCAAGAAAAAACUGAAAGAAAGAAAAAAAGGCCUGCAGUUAUUUCUGUUGCCUGUAGGCGUCAUUUCUUUGUAAAUGCAACAGCAGCGCUCCAUGCCACAUUCUUCUCAGCAAAGUGUUUUUAGAAGGUACAGGCUGCUCUGAUCAGCCAGACUUCAUCAGCUUCUGUGCAUUCCACCAACAAAAGAAGUAUGGACAAAGACAUAAAAAUGAUGGUACUCCUUCUGUUUGUGGCAGCCAUUACUCGCCCUGUGGUUACUAGAGACUGGAAAGCCGAGGUUGUACAAACCCUUGAUGCCCUGGUUACAUCCUGUGUUGUGAUACCCUGCACAUUUACCCAUCCUCAAGAAAAGCUCCCCACCUCCAGGCUCAGAGGGAUCUGGCAACGUUCAAAAAAUCGAGACGAACGCAUCUAUUACGAAGAUAGCACUCAAGUCUUGGAAAAUUUUAGGGGCCGCACACGAUUGUUGGGACAACUUGGUCAGGACAACUGCACCUUAGAAAUCACUGACAUUAAAGAUCAUGACAACGGCCCUUUCUGCUUCCGAAUUGAAUUAGCACGAACAGAGACUGACACAUCCACCACUGACAAGUUCUCCUUUGUUGACAGCUGUGUCACAUUGACAAUGCUCACUGAUCCUCCAAAGCCUACACUGACUCACUCAAAGACAGCCUUUCAAGAUCAGCCCUACACUGUCGUGUGUUCAGUAACCCAUACCUGCCCAUCCCAUAUGCCUACAAUCACGUGGAGUAGGGGCACGGUAGAUGAGAUCACUGAGGAUUACAAAAAACUUCCCAUUGGUCUCUGGCAGGUAGAUUCAAUCCUCACAUUCAUUCCUGGGGAGAAUGAUGACCAUAGUGAAAUCACCUGCACAGCAAAAUUUCAUGGAAGAAAGGAAUCCUCUUCAACACUGAACCUCUAUUUAAAACGUACAACAAACUACAACCACAUCAUCAUUCCCACAGUGGUGGGGAUUGCUACUGCUGUGAUCUUUGGAGUCGUCUGCAUUUUCAUGAUUAAGAAAUACAAGAGACGCAUCACAGAACUGCAAAAUCAGGAUGGCAGCAUGUGGAACCGACUGUCCAGGAUUUCUCGCAGGUUCCGUUCUGGUGGCCCUGGACCAUCCAGUUCUGAUCACAGAAGGCCAAACAGGGACAUGUUGGAUUUGGGCCAUAUCUCCAAUAGUAUGAAUUCAAAAUCUUGUGUCGACCAGAAAGUCAAUAAGCCUCGUUUCCCAUCCCCCAAAAGCCAGCCAAAAUCCUGCAAUUACAAAGAGGAGCUGGAUGAUGGUGACGAUUACAUAAACACUGCCGAUCUCAACGUCUAUGGAAACCUUUGAAAAGAAAAUUUCCAGAGAAUGUUUGUGAUCAAAGCAAACCUGUUCACACUUAUCAUGAUCAUUAUGUAUUAAGCAUAUCUACUGAUCGCAGCCAUGUUGUGUGUGACUACUGUGCUAAUCUUUCAUCUGUCAUUGAUAAUUUGACAUUAUUAUUUUAGGACAAUGCAAGUUGAAUAUAUGUUAUCACUGGUUUCAUAAAAUUUAUUUUGGAAUGUCCGCAAUUCUAAGCACUACUGCAUAGCAAUGUUGCGCCGUAGUAUUUGUUUUGUAUUUGUGUCAUCCUUGUUGAGCAUGAAAAAUCAAAAUGAUGUGGUUAUUGAAUUAAAUAAGUAAUACCAAAGAUAAUGGUUUAAGAAAGCAAAACAAACAAACAAAAAAAAAACCCUCUUGUCAAAACAAGAAGACAAAUAAGUGUAUUUCCUAAAAUGUCAAUGUCAAUGUCAA